AUUGUUCAUGGCAGUUUGACAGCAGCUGGGAGUCUCGAAAAAAGUGUUUGACAAGUGAAUUUAAUGUCGGUAUUUAUAAAACAUCCUUCUUAUUAUGUUAUAAAGGUAAAAAAUUGAAUUUUACCAAGCUUAAAACAGUGCGAGGAAUUAUUGUCCUUCAAGCAGAUUAUAAUUAUCGAGGUAUUCGCAAAUUUUAACGCGAUGGCCAACAUUGGAAAUUUGGAUCAACAAAUUGCGAAUUUACAAAUUAAUCACAAUGACGGUGAAGCCGUGAAAGCUGGCAAAAAAGUUGGACCUGCCGUUCCUCCAAAACCAAAAAAGUCACAACCACAGGUACCGCAAAGUUACACAAUAAAGGCAGCCUCAAUUCCGUCGUACAGUACGGUAUUAAAUAAUGCUCUAUCAAAUGAAAAGCCGUCCAAUAUUUACAUGAAUUCACCAACGCCAUAUGCUCCGUUAAAUUUGGAAAAAAAUGACUUCACAUCGUCGACAGCGACAAAUGGAAAUAAACCGACCAAGUUCUAUCAGAACAAUGAGAAUUUUUACACGAAUCAAACAGAGGAGAAAUUCGAUUCAAAAUAUAAUUACGAUGAUAAACAUUUUUAUUCAAAUGUUGACAAUAUGUCCGAACAACAACAACAACAACAACAACAACAACAAGUUCCAAUUGACAAUAAUAGAUCCGGAGGUGCGGUGAAAAAUGCCGUCUACAGUAAUGUUGAAUCAUCAAUGCCAAUUUCAAUUCCUCACUCGAGUAAAAAGGAAAAGGAUUUAGUUUACAGUAACAUUCAAUGGAAUCCAAAAUCUGAAAAUACUUACUGUAACGUUCCAGCUGGUCAUAAUGCUGACGAUCUGCCGCCUCCGCCAGAGCCCACGGAGUACGUUCAUUGUUUGCCGGGAAGUUCAUUUCCACCACCACCGGAAGAACUUCCACCGCCGCCGAGUCCCGUUUCCUCAAGUUACAGUGAAUUGAGACGCGCUACUUAUCAAAACGAUUAUUCCUCUGGCAACUAUCCGAACGAUAUUUACGGACCAAGUUCACAAUCAAGUUCGACGUACGAAUCGAUUUAUGAGCCUAUUAAUCCGCGGCCACCGUCACAACUCUCGUGCAAUUAUUCCAUGUACUCUGGCUACGGUUCGGCAACAAUGACACAGCCUCAGGAUAAAGUUUCACCCGUAAAAGAGGUCGACGUGCUGACGGAUCUUUUGGUCCAGGGAAUGGAGGACAAUCAGGAGGACAGUGAUAUUUAUGGAAUUUGCGCGCAGUGCGGUCGCAAAGUAGAGGGCGAGGGAACUGGUUGUUCGGCGAUGGAUAAAGUUUUUCACAUCAGUUGCUUUUGUUGCUUCGUUUGUAAUAUUAAUUUACAAGGAAAGCCAUUUUAUUCACUCGAGGGAAAGCCAUAUUGCGAGGAGGAUUAUUUGAAUACAUUGGAAAAAUGUUGUGUCUGCACCAGACCGGUUUUGGAUAGAAUUCUACGAGCUACUGGAAAACCCUAUCAUCCAUCAUGUUUCACUUGCGUCGUCUGCGGACAAAGUCUCGAUGGAAUUCCAUUUACAGUCGACGCCACCAAUCAAAUACACUGCAUUCAGUGUUUCCACAAGAAAUUUGCGCCCCGCUGUUGCGUUUGCAAGCAGCCAAUAAUGCCAGAGCCGGGCGAAGAUGAAACAGUCCGUGUUGUUGCACUGGACAGAAGUUUUCACAUUCAGUGCUAUAAAUGUGAGGAUUGUGGAUUAGUAUUGUCCUCGGAUACAGAAGGCCGUGGCUGUUAUCCACUGGACGAUCAUGUUCUUUGCAAAAGUUGCAAUGCAGCACGAGUUCAGGCCCUCACAUCGCACAUGACGACUGAAUUAUAAAUUUUCCACAAUUUUUUUUGGAAAUAUAUGCCAAAUAAGUUAAAUAGAAGUCAACUUAAAAUUUUGAUAUACAUCUAUAAGAACAUUUUUUUUCUCGUCCGCUUAGAAUUUAACCAAACACGCUUUUUUUCUAUUCGCACAAAGUGCUUACGCUAAUUGAAAUUUUCUUCUUCCCAUUCUUUUUUAAUUUUAUUAAUUUAAUCCCUCAUUAAUAUGGAAACUUUUUUUUUGUUACCGAUUUGAUGUGCCAUUUUAUAGAAAAAUAUAUUAGCAAUUUUGUUCUUUUCUUAAAUUUCAAUUUUAAUACCUACAAAUUAAAAAUUUUGCUCUUUUGCUCUUCUGCCAAUUGCCAUAUUUAAGAGAUCGAUGAAUGUUUUUAUAAAAAAAAAGUUUUUGCAUUUUUUCUACACGAAUUUACAAAUUUUAAACAUUUACAGAUUGAAAUUAGAAUAUACUCAAUAAUUACAGUGUAAAAUAUGUUGUAAAUAUUUUUUAAUUUAGUAAAAAAAUGUAGUUGGCGUCACUUUAUUUUCAAUUACAGUUUAUUGCUUUUUUUUGUACUAUUUUUAUUUCUAAUUUUUGGAAAAAAUUCGUGCAGCUUAGUAUUUUUCUUUUUUUAAAGAAAAAUGGUAAAUUAAUUAGUUUUUACUUUAGAAAUAAUUAUACUCUUGUUGUAUAGAUUUAAAAGAAUUUAUGUUAGAUUUAAGUAAAGUUCUGAUAUUAAAAAAAGAAUAUUCCAUUUAGAAAUUAAAGAAAAACAAUUAUGUAUUAAUUAUGUGAUAC